CAUCAGCCAGUAGUUCCAGACAUUGGCCAACAAAGCAUAACUCCCAUCCACAUAAACUGAGACAGAGAGCCAGUAUGGAAUCAGGCCAGGCCUGCGCUGUUGCGCCAUCCUACCUAGGAUGGUCCAUCUUCAACACUUUAUGUUGCUGUCUGCCUCUAGGGAUUGCAGCUAUCGUCUGCUCCUGCAAGGCACAAAAUGCGAAUGCUCUUGGGGAAACAGCUAGAGCUGCAGAAGCAUCGAGGACAGCCAAGGUCCUAAACAUCAUUGCACUUGUCUGUGGAAUAAUUUUGAUCAUCAUUUUCAUCGCGAUCAAAGCCACAGCAUAAACUGCACUACAGCUUCGAAGGUGUCCGCUUUUGCUGGCAGACGUGUUGGAAUCUGAGCAACGCCUUUGUUAUGGACUUCCCCUCCCCCCCACACACGGCCACUAAAUAGCAACAGAUGUCUGAAUCAGUGUGUACAUACAGAUUGUACACAUGUGUUGCUCUAUAUACUGGAUCAAGCUCCCAUAAAAGAGGAAUGAAUGCCAUUAUAAAGCACUAUUUGUGGUGGUAAAAACCAAAAGCAUGUAUGAUUCGUCUAAGGAGAAAGCUGUUUCUGAUUUACAAGGUAAUACUUGUUUUGUUACAAAAAAAAACAAAAAACACUUCAACAUGUAUGUUUCUGUGAUUAGUGAUUAUGAGAACUGAAGCAAUGUCAUAAAUAAUGUUCACUGAAAAAAAUACAACUAACUAAACAAAAAAAUUGGAAGGCAAAGUAAUGCUGCUCAAAAUCUGUUUAAAUAAUUCAGAGAAAAAGAUGAUAGAUGACUUAUUUUUUUCUUAUUUUAUUUUGAUUUGCUGAGCUUAUGAUGUAAACAAAAAUUGUUUAAAAGUAAGUAACAAAACUGAUUAAAAGUAACACUCGAGAUUAGACACGGGGCCAGGUUGAACAAAAUGUUCUGAAGUUGGUCCUCAUGUUGUACAAUCAUUUUCCUGAAUGUCCAUGAUUUUAAGGAUGUAGUUUGGCUUUUUGAUAUGUUCUGUCUGUAUUUUCUCUAAUAAUCUGAGUAGUGCUUUGCCUUUCUGUUUAACAUUAACUCUGUGUUUGCAUGACUUCUCUGAUUGUAUACAACACCACAUAAAAUAUAACUUGCUUAUUUGGCGACAAUUCUGCCUGUAUUUGUUUUGAUGUUUAUGUGUCAAACUGAUUUGGAUUUUAAAUAUGCAUUUUUACAUUGUACACCACAUUUGAAGCAUUAAACUCUGUUUACCAAA